UCUGAGUGGCAGCGUAUGUUUAUUCCUGUAUCACAACACAGUCAUGCUGGUAUCGUUUCAAGGCUAGCACCAUUGAAGACCGUGGGGCUGAUUACUGUGCUUCGCCGAAACCUGAAUGUGCCAACCGGAGGCCCGUCAGCAGUGAGGCUUGUAGUAACUAAAGACAACUCAUCACUUGCAUCCAUUAAAAUGACAGCAGCAAGCGGGGCCGGCCGCAGCACGCCGGACGACUGUAGGAAAUUGCUAGUUGACACCCGAGUGAAGAACCUAGAGCACCUUCAAGGCAGCAAUCUUACUAUCUUGACGGACUGCAGCACUGUGGAGCAAGCCCUGACGGUGCUGUCAGAGCGGCGCAUCCUGUCGGCGCCCGUGGUGUCGCCCGACACGGCCGCCAGCACCAGCGGCACCAGCGGUGUGGUGUGGCCGGCCAGCCUGCCCCACUUGGACAUCAUGGGCUUUGUGUGCGUCAACGACAUCCUCAACUCAUUCCUGGAAUGCUACGCGCGGGAGUACAGCGACCCCUCCUACCUUACUGAACUGCCGGACCACCACCAUCACCACCAACACCCCGCGCCGCCAUCAGCAACACCUGCGGCGGCAGUAGCACCAGCGCCAGCCGGCCCUGCCGCCGCCGCCAACGGCUCUCCAGCCCCCUCACCCCCACCAGCAUCCGCAGCAGACGCGGCCAGCGACGCGCCCGGUGCGCCGCCGGCCCGGCCGCGGGUGGUCAUCGGCGGCGGGUCGGGCGGGCGAUGUGUGGCGGGUGCUCGUGUGAGCAGUGCCGGCGAGCACGGGUCCAUGCUGGCGCGCAUGCGGCGGCUGGAGGAGGUGGGCGCGCGGUUUGCGCAGCAGCAGCUCAAGGACCUGUCCUGCAAGGGUGAGGGCAUGCACGAGGGCGAGCAGCAGGCGCAGGUGGUGCACCGCGUGGCGCUGUUCGACCGGGGCGGCGCCAUCACCUCGGUCAUCAGCCAGUCCGACAUAGUGCGCUUCCUGGCGGACAACAGCGACAGGCUGGGGGAGCUGGCCUGCACCAGCAUGUCGGACCUGGGCUGGGACAACAAGCAGGUGGUGAGCUGCACGCCCGACACGCCCGCACUGGACGCGAUGCGGCUGAUGGUGGCGGCGGGCGUGUCCAGCCUGGCCGUGGUGGCGGAGCCGGAGCCGUGGAGCGAGGACGAGGGGGAGGGCGAGGGAGAGGGCGAGGCAGGGGCUGCAGGGGCGGAGGGCGGCCCCGGGGCGGCGGGUGAGGGGGGGCGGCGGGGUGUGUCGGGCGGCGGGCGGCUGCUGGGCAACUUCAGCGCCAGCGAGAUGAGGUCCAUGACCGCCGAGCACUUUGGCGCUCUGUCGCUGCCGGUGGGCGAGUUCCUGGCGCUGGAGCACGACACCGAGUACGUGCGGGCGGCGGCGGGCUGGGCCGCCAACAGGGAGCGGCUGCUGGAGGCGGAGGGGGUGCUGGGCUCGCCCGCGCACAGCUUCAUCCGGGACCGACUGCGCCGAGCCCGGCCGCCGGCGCCGCCGCACGGGCAGCCGCACGGGCAGCCGCAGCCGCAGCCGGGCUCGCAGGUGGGGCAGCGGCUGGUGGUGGUGCGGCCCGACACCACCUUUGGCGAGGUGCUGCAGCUGCUGGUGUCGCACCGCGUGCACCGCGUGUACGUGGUCAACGCCGCCAUGCAGCCCGUGGGCAUAGUCACGUGCACAGACGUGCUGCGCAAGGUGGUCGAGCUGGCCACUGCCGCCGUGCCGCCCUCGGCCGGCACCUCGCCCGCUGCACUGGCGGCGGCUGCAGCUGCUGAGGCGGCGGCGACCGCGGAGGCGGUGAGCGGCGGCCACCCGCUGCACGCCCACCACCCGCACCCGCUGGCGCAGGGCGGAGGCCAGUAGAGGCGGGCGGCGGCUGGAUGAGCGGCGGUCACGGCGGUGGGGGUAGCGGUGGUGAUGUUGAUUGGGGCCGCUGUGGCGGCUGCAACGCUUCUGUUUCGCUGGGGAGCCCCAUCGCAAGUGUGGGAGCACUGGUCUCUAUCAGGCUUGGGGUGUGGGCGCUGGGUGGGGCGCUGCACGAGGCCGUGUGUUGAUGAGGGCUGGGAGCGGGAGUUGGAGGCUGGCGCGAGGCCAGUAACGGUUACUAGAGGCGCACUGGAGAGACGCCGCUUGCUUCGGAAUCACACUGAUAACGUAGAAGCCAACUGGGGCAUCAUGAGGCUGGCGCAUGCCGUGUCACUGGCUUUCAUCUCCAAUUGGCGAGGCGCUUGGAGGACGGCUUAGUACGGUAGCCCGAAUACAAUGGCUGGGCAUGCUCCGCUGUGGUGUUUGUUGUCGCUGUGUACACCACGGGCCGGUGCCUUGCGCGGGUCAGAGAUGUGAGGCAAGGGCUCGCUCUGCACUGCCAGUACCGUAGCCGCGUGGAUAGCGCCGCUGCAGCUCUGUUGAACCACUUCCUGUGCUUCCAACGCUUCGUAAUGCACGUGCUUGGUUUGGGGACAGGAUUGCCAGCGGGUUGUGCGUGCCACGUACUAGGUGCAUUAGCCGCGCAUGGCGGCAAGUAGCAGUGGCGGCUGCUCUGCCACUGCCUGUAUGCCAAGCUGCACAGUGCCCUGCUGCGUGCGUCGCUGCAUGUGUCUGUCUGUCUUGUGCCAUGUGUGUGCAUGGUGGCAACAUGGAGUAUGUGUGCGUGCCUCUGAUGGCACUUGGGACUUGAUGCGUCUGGGGGCCGUCGUGAGAAGUGGUGGAUCAGAGGCAGCCUGUAUGCAUUGAUUGGCUCAAGCAUCACUGUAGGUGAGCAGCUACAGCCGGGUGCUAGCGCCGUUGAUUUAGUAGCAGGUGGCAGGCAGGCAGGUGCGUGGAUGUGUGUGCGGCCAGGUGGCAUCAUGCCUGUGGGAGACGCACGUGGGCUGUGCCCUUUGCAUUUAUGAUUGACUGAUGUGCACGUGGCGGAUGGCGGGGAGGGGUUGGGCGCACACGACAAUCGCUCGGCGUAUACCGUAUUUGGGAUGGGGGUUGCCGGGGAUGUAGCCGUAACAGGCUUAGGGCCGUUGCAGGGGCUUCGCCCGGGCAGGGACAGAUAUAAUGCAGUGCCUGGCCGAUGCGUGUGGGAAAAGGAAGCUUAGGGAACCCCGCCGCGCAGUGCGUGCACGACAGGUGCUUCCAGUGCACAUGUAACUGCAUGCGACAGCACGACACAGUUGUAGUGUUCAUGUGACUCGACUAUUUAAUUGGCGCGGCUGCACAGGCACGGCCCCUUGAUUUA